AUGAACCAAACACCAAAAGUCGAAUCCAUAUCACCACUCCUUUUCGGCAUAUCCUUGUCAUGUCUUGUCAUAUCAGGAAUACUCGGGGUUUGUCUCCAAAUGGCUUGCUACAUAUCCAUACUGAAUGACGAUAUAGACAUGUCAACCAUCUAUCAUUUUUUGCCUAUGGAUGCCAAAGAUCUAGGAGCUGUAGGUCUUACAUUGGGAACUGCUGGUGUAGUGCUGAUUGAGUCAACGACGAGGUUGCAAAAAGCGACUGUGUUGCAAGAGAGGCCCAGGAUGAGCUUGUUGAGUCUUGCUAUCUGGCCUGUAAUAUCCUUUGUCCUUGCUCGAGGCUCUGUGAUUGCAUUGGAAUCACACAAGGCUGCUCAUGAUAUUAGGAUUGUGGUGGUGCUAUGUAUGGUGUCUCUUGUGCUGGUCGGAAUACAAUCAAUUCGCAUAAUACACUCAUACACAGAUUCAGCAAAACAAAAGAAACGAUCCACCCUAUCACCACUACGAUUCAAACCCAAUCAGCCCGACAAUGAACAAACUCGGACAAAAACGCCACAACCUGUAAAAUACACUGUAUUCAAUCCACGACCACCGCCAGUAGGUUCAGAAGAAUUCGAUAGUAUGAUUGGCAGUAUGGAUCUUGGAUCAACUUCGAAAAGACUCUCACCAUCUCCUCCAAAAUCGGCUCAAUUCCGUAAACCAUAUCCCGCCUUCAAGAGCAAUUUACCCAGUAUAUUCGAUACAGCCAUGUGUAUAGACUCGCCAGAUAAACCUAGAGAUCAAGGACGUGUUGGAGGCAUGGUUGGAAUAGUACACACACCAACGCCAUUCUCGAACGGGCUACGGCAACGAGUGCAGAAUAAUGGAAUCAGUUUCGCUAGUCUGGCUGCUAAACCGAAUGUGUUGGCUCUGUUUGGUGGGCGUAAUCGGGGGCAGAUACCAACUAGGAAUGGAGAGUUUAGGGAGAAUAAUAUACGUGGUGAUGAUUGUGAUGAUGUAGAUUGGGAUUUCAAAGAGCCGAGUCUCUUUGCUCCUGAGAGUGAGACAGGACUGGAAGCUAUCUUUGGGACCGCAGUCAAAGUACAAGAAAAAGCGCCACGAGACAUGAGCCAAGUGAUAAAUAAACUCAUGUUUGGAUCUUGUGUCUUCUCGCUUAGUCUCCUUCAUGUGGUUUCCGUAGCAAAGUCAUUGGACUCACAUUAUCAUUUAUAUGCAAUGAUAUCACUCGCCUCAAUAUGUAUACUUUUGGAAGUGUUGGAUCAGACAAGACAAUGGCAGAUGAGAAGGAAGGAAACACCUCAGCAGCGGGUGAAACCAAAUCUGGCCAUGUUUGGUGGUGCUCGUUCACGUGAGGAAAGGAAGCCAGUUGUGGUGAAGAGUGAGAUCAAGUCAUGGCCGUGGUUGAGGCGCAUUAUCUUCAUGACUUUGAUGGUUCGCAUGGGUCUUGUAUAUUACAAGGAUCUGCCAACUUGGACAUUGUAUUUGAAUGAUGCCGUUGCAGCACUUUUCAUAUGGGGGCUAGUGAAUCAAGGAGUCCAAUGUCAAGACUGCCAAUUCGCCUGCCAUUUCGCAUGUCAAGAAAACGCACCGCCUUGUAAAAAAUCACCUCCGUCACAACCAGCAUCUCCAUCACCAGCCAGCCCCAAGCUUGACACUUCAAAAUCAGUCUUUACAACACCCAUGUCUAGCCCCCACAUAAACACAGUAUCAUCGCCCUCAUCAGCAUCUAGAUCCAAAACCCCGUCUCCGCUCAAAACAUCUCAAUCAUUACCACCCCCAUCACCAAGCACUCCCGAUGUAUCGAUAGUGGCAGGACUCACCAACUCGACAGUCAAAGAAGCCAUCAACAUGGAAGCGGAACGUAAAGCAUCACAACCACCAUUGAAUUUGUUGACGACCACACCGAAAAACUUUGCGAAAUUCAUUACGAGGGUUGGUGUGAUACGAGAGGUGCAGGAUGAGGUUGUUAGUGUGCUGAUGUGGGAGAGUAAUGGAAAGACAAUGUUUGUUAUGGCGCUUGUUGUUGUGCUGAGUCUUUACCCAAUCCUGCUGAUUAUAACACCACAAGCGGCUAUUAUCUACUUGAUUGUCAGGAAAUACUAUGCAAAGGCUAAAGGUCAGAUUAAGAGUACAUCUGGGGAGGCUAGUGCUGUGCCUGUAUCGUCGACGGGAGAUUAUUCAAAGAAUAUGCAGUUUAUUCAAAAUAGUAUGGGACAAUUCACCGAUGUACAUGACGCCGCACUAGAAUACAUGAAGAUAAUCGACUGGUCAGACGAGAACAAGACAUCGCUUGUAUUGAAGAUGACUGUCGCAUCAGCUUUGGCAGCUCUGGUUGUAACCCGCUUUAUCCCAACCCGCUUCAUAUUCAUGGUAAUGGGCAUAACCCCCUUCCUCGCCAACGCAGCCUUCAUACGUGCCCUAAUAACAUCCAUGCCGACACUCCUCGUCGCUAAAAUCACGUCUUACUACAACCGUGGUCGUGAUCUGCUGCACAAGUCGUCGCAUCCAGCGGGGAACUUGGCAGUAGUGGAAAUCUAUCAGAAUGAGCGAUGGUGGGCUGGCUUAGGAUAUAUUCCUCAUUUGCUACAUUCGGAGAGGACGGCGUGGUCGGAUGAGACGGGAUCGAUGGGUAUGCCUUCGACGGAAGAGUAUGUGCUGCCUAGUGAGGAGUGGGAGUGGGAUGAUGAAGAGUGGGGGGUUGAUCGGACGUGGAAUGAGGUUGAUGAGAAUGGAUGGUGCUAUUCAGAUCAUUCAUGGACGUCUCCACGAAAGACAGCUGGACUUGCUUCCUUUACAAGAAGAAGGUUAUGGACUCGAACUAUGAAGAAAUGUAAAAAGGGGACAGCAGUAGCAGCAUCUUCGACUCACUCCUCGCCAGCUGUCAAGGCUACACCGCUGACGAAUGGAAAUGCUCUUGGCUUGCAUAUGAAGGAUGAAUAA